AACAGUUGACGCCUCCACCGUCACCCCACUAGCUCGCUUCGCCGCCCUUUCCCUCUUCGUCCUCCCUUUAGAUGCACGCACAACUUAUGGAGAUAUAGAGAGAAGAGGCUCCAAAAUCCAAAGAGGGGGAGGAUCUCGGCGGCGAUGACGACCCCAGGCGACCACCACCGGCGAUAUUCUCCGCUCGACGACCGCCGGCACCGCCGUUACAUGGGCCCGCCCAUAUCCACCUCCUCCUCGGCCGCCUCCUUCAAGGGCUGCUGCUGCUGCCUGUUCCUCCUCCUUACUUUCCUCGCCCUCCUCGCCGUCGCCGUCGCCCUCGUCGUCGUCCUGGUCCUCAAGCCCAAGAAGCCUCAGUUCGAUCUUCAGCAGGUGGCCGUGCAGUACCUCCUCAUCGACUCCACCACCGCCGCCCUCGGCGGGGCCCAGCCACCGGCAGCGUAUCUGUCGCUCAACAUCACGCUGCUGUUCAUAGCGAACAACCCGAACAGGGUGGGGAUCCGGUACGAGGCGGCGGCGCUGGAGAUGAUGUACCGCGGGGUGCCUCUGGGGGUGGCGACAGUGCCGGGGUUUGGGCAGCCGGCGGAGAGUCGCCGCCUUGUCCAGACCCGCGUCGUUGUCGACCGCUUCAACGUGCUCCAGGCCGACGCCCUCGAUCUCGUCCGCGACGUCGCCCUCAACGACCGCGUCGACCUCCGCCUCACCGGCGACGUCGCCGCCAAGAUCCUCGUCCUCGGCCUCUCCUCCCCCAGAGUUCAGGUGUCGGUGGAUUGUGCAAUCGUGAUCAGCCCCAGGAAGCAAUCGCUCAUCUACCAGCAAUGUGGAGUCGACUGAGUACAUCUCUAAUGAGUCUCUUUUUCCAUUUGUAUGUACUUGGAAGCUCUAAUUCUUUUAGUUUAGUUAGCUUCGGGGCAAAGUAUCGGUGAAGGGAUGCUUAUCAUGGCCAAGUUGGUGCCCGCAACACCAUGGCGGUGCGCUCUCUCUCUCUCUCUCUCUCUCUCUCUCUCUCUCAGUAACCUUUUUGUUUCGUUGGGUUCUCUGCGGUCUUUGUGCUGGAAAAGGGUAGGCACGAAGAGGAGGACAGCCUCUCCUCAACCUUGGUUUGUCUUUUAGAGAUUUUUGGUGAAAUGUUGUUGUGGGUGGCAUGUU